ACGGGUGCUGCGGAGGGCGAGAGGGGGCAGAGUGAGAGAGGGUGCAAACUCCCGGGCUGCAGUUGAGAGAGGGUGCAAGCUCCCAGGCUGCAGUUUGCCCCGGAGGGGUGGGGAGAGCCACCGGGGGACUGGCCAGCCCCAAAAGGAACCCCGUCCCCUGACGGGCCUGGUUCCUAACGUGGCUGAAAGUGUCCUCAUUCUAUGGGUCAGAAGCCCAAAGCCAGCAGGAGAGGCCAAGCUCACACUGUGAGGCAGAGGCAUAGCCAGAGCGGGAGGCCGAGCUUCCCAGCGCUCCCUGAGGCCAGGCUCUGCUGAUCUGGACGGGGAGGAUGAUGGUCAGGGUUAACGCAGGACAGUGCCCAGAACUCCCUGCACUGGAAUUCAGGUGGGGGUGUCUGGGGAGUGGGUGGGUCCCCAGCAGGUACAUUAGGAAGGUAAGGGAACAGGAGGCAAAGCGGGUGGGGCGUGUGGGCCCCCACCUACUGCCCUUCCUAGGCACCUUAGCUCGGUGACAGAGGGGAGUAGGGCAGGGUGAUGGGCAGCUUCCCUUUCCCUGAGACUCUUUCUCAGGGUCCCCAUCCCAAAGCCCCCUCUCCCUCUCCCGCGCCCCUCCCCUCUCCAGAUCCCGGCACAGGGUGGGCGGGGACACUCACUCCGGGACACCUGGAUGAGCUCGGUGACACUGAACACGCCGGAGGUGACGAAGCUCUCCUGGAAGUCGGUCGUGUCUGGAACAGGGAGAAAAUGGGACUCACUGGGUCUGUUUCCUUCCUCGACACCCUGGGCUACCCAGACUCCGGGGGCUGGAGUGGUCACCCUGCCCACCCCCUGCAGCCCCGUGGCAAGACGGAGGCAGAGGCCGGACCUGCGUUCGAAUCUCGGCCCGGCUGCCGCUUCGCGUGUGCUCUUGGGCAAGUCCCUUCCUGUCCGUGAGCCUCUGUGCUCCCUAAUCUCCAAAGUGGGGGCCACACACCCUGCCAUCGGGGUGGCUGAUAGGAAUCAACUGGCCGCAAGGGGCUGGCUUGCUCGCCUCACGUCACGCGGUUCUGCAGCCCCUUAUCCCUCCCCCUCCAGACUGGGAGCUCUGUCCUGACGGGGAGGUCUGUGUGCCCAGGUCCCGCGGUGUCCCCAGUGCCUGGCCCAGAGCCUGGCACACAGCAGGGGCUCAGAAUCACGGGCUGAAUGGAAGGUCCACCCGCAGCAGUUAAAGUCCCCCAUGUCCCCAGAACCGCGCCUGCCUAAUGUCAAAGGAAGAGGGACCCUCCUCUCUGAUCAUUAAGGCAAAGGCACCAUGCGUCAGGCGGUGGUCGGCAGGCAGGGUUGGGGAGCCUGCCUGAAAGAGGACCGAGAGGCCUACAGACAUUAAAGCUUGGGAAGUGGCAAGGACACGCAGGCCAGUGUCGGCUGCCGCGAUCAGGAUGAUCUCAAACAGGAGGUUUGGCCGCCUCCCUGAGGGUCACGAUAUUGCCAGCAGUGGCCCAUGCAAAGGCCCUGGGGUUGGAGGCAACAGGAGGGAAAGAAGCCAGGGAAGGUGGUCAGAGUGGAGAAGGGACCAGCAGGUGGGCGGCUGUAGGCCUGGGGGGGGGGGGGGGGGGGCGAGAGCGGUUCUUCUCCAGGCCCCCAGGGGGCAGCACGGGCCACAGGGAGCCGACCUGGGUGCCCGGUUCCCCAGCUGUGAGAGACCCAAGUCCUGGCCAGUCCGGAAACUCCAGUCUCCCCGGUUACCAGCUUUGUGCACACCAUUUAUUGAGCAAUUACUAUAUGCCCAGCCCCGUGCUGGGGGGCUCAGGGCCACCACAUUCCUAGGAGGAGAGGGCGAUGCCCACCCCACCCCCCGCCCCCAGCGUCCAGGGGAAGUGGCCUCGGCCGUUUCCUGCCACCCAGCUGGCCAGCUGGUGUCAGCACGCCCCUCCGCCUUCCCCCCCACCAGGGUUUCCUGUUUGUGCAGCACUCGCCCAGCUCCAUCUCCAGGGGACUCCCUGGCGGGUGGGAGGAAGUGCUUUCCUCCGCCAGACGCUGGAGCUCCCCAUGGGACCAGGCCAAGCGCCGCUGCCCCCGCCUGCCUUGAACAUCUGGCUUGGAGGCAGGCGCCUGAGGAUCACAGGAGGCCAAGGAGGACUCAGGGUCACAGCCGGCCCGUGGUGAGCCGCACAGGGGCCUGUGACGCUCCUGGAACCAUCCGGCCUCCCUGUGCCGGCCUUUCCAACGGGGACGUCCUCACCCACUUGCUUUUUCUUCCAUCCUUCCUUCCUGUUAUCUCUCCUCCUCCACCCCUGUGUACCAUUUCUCUUUUUGUCUCUGCUUCACCCCUCCCUCUCUCCUUUUUUUUUUCUUUCUGCAAAUAUUUAUUGAGCACCUGUUGUGUACCAGGGUCCUAUCCUAGGCGCUGAGGACACAAUAGUGAUCAGGACAGACAAAAGCCUCUGCCCUCAAGCAGAUGAGGUUGCAUUAGGAGAGAGAAGCAAACAAGCAACUAAGCAAAUACAUAGGCGAUCACUAACUUCCUCAAAAGGAAAUAAAACAGAAAGUGGUCAUUGAGAGUGGCUGAGGCUGUCUGAGGUCAGCAAAUCUGCCUGAGAGGGGGAGUAUGUGAGCUAAGACCUGGGUGAUCUAGAGAGAGAGAGCAGUGAGCUGUCCAGAUAGAAGGCAAAGCACAUGCAAAGGCCCUGAAGCAGGAACUGGGCCUGGACUGUUGGAGGAACAGCUAGGAGGCCCAUGUGGCUGGAGCAGAGAGACCGAGGGGAAGAGAGGGAGGAAGGGAGGGCAGGCAGGGCACAGGGACAGGUCCUGCAGGGCCUUGGGGGUCAGGGGGGGGACUUUUGCCCCAAGGGAGGUGGGGCCCCUAGAGGACUGUGAGCAGAGGAGGGCAGGACCUGACUCAGAGCUCAUGGGGGCUCUCUGGCCACCUUAGGACAGACAGGGAAGUGAGGACAGAAGCCAGGGGACCAGGGUAGAGGUGACUGCUCUGGUCCAGGAGGGCGAUUAUGGGAGCAGACCAGGGCAGAAGCAGGGCCCUCUCUUGUGGGGUGAGCCCCUCAGGGCCCAGAGGGCGGGAGCUUGGAGUCGUGGGUUCCAACCCCAGCUCCCUGCUUGCCCCUGGGAAGGCCCCUUGACCUCUCCGUGCCUCGGUUUUCUCAUCUACAAAAUGGAACAAUACCAGUGCCUGCCUAUAGCAUGGCUGUGAGGUGCCGAUGCGGGGCCACGCAGAGCACGAUGGGGCCGUGCGCCCCAGCCCUCGCCAUCCCCAAACUCACCCAGCGUGAUGGGCUUGCUGUCCUCCUGGUCGGAGCCCAUCCCUGCCCGGGGACUACCGCUCUGCUCCGCGUCUGCAAAGAGAAGGAGGGGGACGGUGUGGUGACAUUGCAGGGGACCCCACCCCGGGGGGGAGAGGAGGCCUCCGUGCCGGGGCCAGGCUGGGCAGCGCCGUGGAGAAGCGGUCCCGAGCUUGCCCAGGCCCGGGGGUCUCCGCUUGGCCCCCUCCCCUCGGCCUCUGCCCUUGAAGUCCCGGGGCGCCAGCCCUUGGUCUUGGGUUGUCACUCAGGGCCCCCAGGAGAGGGCAGAGGGGCGUCCCCCUGCAGCCGCCAUGCGGCUACCCACCCGCCUGGCUUGGGGGCUCCCUCCCACCCUGGCGCCCGCCCUCCAUCUUAUCUAAAAAUAAUCAGGCUCCUUGGCAGACGGCGAAACAGACAGACGCUGAGCUCAGCAUUAUCAGCUCCGGCAGCCUGGAUGGAGGGCGAGGCGCGCCAACCCCUCUGCAGCCCCCACGGCGUCCACCCGGGACCGGGGCGGGGGCGGCGGGAGGGGGGGGACACCCACGAGCCCAGCCUGACGGAACCCCCGGCCCCGCCUAUCUGUCUCUGAGGUCAAACACCAAGGUGGUGGGAGUCACGGCCAGACGCCAAAGAAGGAGAAUCAGCCCCUUCCACCUGCUACGUUCCAAAGCCAGGCAUAACCGCUGUGUGCCCUCAGGCAA